AUGGUGCAACUCACCUCUGCUCUUACCGUCGGCCUGGUCGGUCUAGCUGGUCUUGUUUCCGCUCACCCUGGCCACAAUGUCAAGGCUGAAGCUGCUGAGCGCGCUGCCUUCUUGAAGAGCUCCAGCAUUCAGACUCGCAGCCUCUCUCAAUGUGCCUCGAAGCUCAAGGCUCGUGGUCUCGAGAGCAAGAAUGUCGCUCGUCGCGAGCAUGCUGUUAAGCAUAUUCGUCGCCGUCGCGGUCUCAAGAACGAGUCUCGGUUUCUCAAGGCCCGCGAUCUUGACACUGUCGUGAACACCUCGCACAAGUCGAACUUGACUAACGUCGACAUGUCAACUGAUGCCAGCGUUCUGUUUGGAUCCGAAGCUACCUGCAUUUUGGGACCGGAUGUCACUCAGGGUCCUUACUAUGUCUCCGGCGAGUUGAUCCGUGAGAACCUCGUCGAGGACCAAGAGGGUGUCCCACUGUACAUGGACAUCCAGGUCCUCGACACCAAUACCUGCGAGCCGUUGCCCAACGUCUACAUGGACCUUUGGCACUGCAACGCUACCGGUGUCUACUCCGGCAUCCAGGCCAGCGGAAACGGCGACUCAUCCGACGCAACCAACCUUGACGCCACUUUCCUCCGCGGUAUCCAGGCCAGCAACAGCGAUGGAGUCGUGCAGUUCGAGUCUAUUUUCCCGGGCCACUACACCAGCCGUGCCACCCACAUCCACGUGCUCACCCACUCCUCAAACGACACCGUCCUCGCAAACGAUACCCUCUCUGGCCUCUACACCGCUCACUCCUCGCACGUUGGCCAGCUCUUCUUCGACCAAGACCUCAUUACUGAAGUCGAGGCCACAUCUCCCUACUCCACCAACACUCAGGAUAUAACCACAAACGCCAAUGACAGCAUCCUAUCCGAGGAGGCUGAUACCAUUGAUCCGUUCAUGGAGUACGUCUUGCUUGGUGAUGAUAUAUCUGAUGGUGUCUUUGCUUGGAUCACCGUUGGUAUUGAUUCUACUGAGAGUACCGAUAUUACUCCUGCUGCUUACUAUACUGAGGAGGGUGGCGUUGAGAAUGAUAGCUCCAGCUCUGGAGGUGGUGGCGGUGGUGGCGGUGGUUCUCCUCCUGGUUCUUCUUCUACCACUACUGCUCGGGGUGGUAGCCGCACGCAGAGCGUUUAG